UAUAAAAAUUUUUCACUCCAUUAUUCCUGCUCCUUAAAAUAUUUGACGUUCCGAUUUUAAAGUUAUUUAAAUAAUAAUUAUAAUACUUAAAUAUUAGAUAUAUUUCGUAUAUAAGUACAUAACUCGUUUGUGAUUUACUUCAUUUAUGCAUAAUCUUUAUCAGAUGUAAAUAUAACCUCUAUUAGAUAUUUUACGUAGUUUGUGUAAAACAUGAGCUGUGCAAAAGGUAAUAUUCAAAGAACCAGACCACAAAAGCACCAAAAUAGAACAGCUUUUAAAAAUGAUCUCCAUGAUACAAGUAAGAAAACAAAAUUUUUGAAAAGUCUGGACAUAAGUGGAGUAUGCGAGCGGUGUAAAGAAAUAAUAGAAUGGAAAAUCAAGUAUAAAAAGUAUAAACCACUAACGGCACCCAAAAAAUGUGUGGGAUGUGAGCAAAAAACAAUCAAACAUGCAUAUCACGUGCUUUGCUCAAAAUGUGCCACAGAGAAACGAGUCUGCGCCAAAUGUUGCAAGCCAACGGAGAUUACCAAUAACAGUACUGCAGGAAAGGAAGAGGAAAGCAAAUUUCAAACAGCACUUAAAAGUCUACCAGAACGCAAAAGACGUACAUUGUUAAGGUAUCUCAAAAAACAACAAGAUGGACAAGAAUCUUCUAACCAAAAUAUUGAGGAAUUAUUAGCUGGCUUAGAUGAAAUAAAUUUGGAUGAUUACAAUGAUUUUUCAAACCAGGAUGAUAGUGAUUCCGAUUUGGACUCAGACUCAUAACUUAUCUCUACAAAAAUAAUUAAUGUAAAUAAAACAAUUUUCAAUAA